AUGCUUCCAAGACACAAUGCUCGGAAUGUAGAACCACAUCAACCUAUUAGUGUUUGGCAUACAGGAUCAACCUCAACAAUCAUUACGUAUAGUCGUGAAAAUUCGUCCAAAAAUAAUGGCACAAACAAAACAAAAUGUAAAGUAUCUCAGUACAAGCCACUCCUUUUUGGUAUUCUUAUUGGUGGAUUAGUAGCUGGAGUUGGAUUGGCAGCAAUACUUACUCUUUAUUUGACACAGCUAUCAACACAAAAAUCCUAUAUGGCUAUUCUGACCACAACGACAAGUACAACAACGACGACAAUUACUAUGAUUACCCAAACGACAACAACAACAACUACCACCAUCACGACAAUAACUAGCACCACCACGACAAUAACUACCACCACCACGUCAAUAACUACCACCACCACGACUAUAACGACAGCAAUAACUACGACCACUUCCACGACAACAUCGACCUCACCUACUACUACUACAACAGCUGCAUUCAUAGCUGGUGCAUUUUGGCCAUUUGAUAACAAUGCUCUCGAAUUAUACAAUGGUCUUAAUAGUACUCUUUCUGGUCUUCCAUCAUAUACAACUAGUUUUCUUGGAUAUGGAGCAGCAAUUAAUCUUAAUCAAUCAUUAUCUCAAUUCGUUUCUAUCACAUCAAUGGUCAUCCCUUUGAAUUCACGUAGUUUUACUAUCGAAGUAUGGAUUUAUCCUAUUGGUUUGACAGGAGGUGAAUAUGGAAUAUUUGGUCAAUGUCAAUCUACAAGUACCAAUUUAUGUUUACAUUUUACAUCACGAAACAACAAACUAUAUUGUGGAUUUUAUGACAAUGAUGUAGAGGGCGCUACCACACUGACAAUGAAUGUGUGGACUCAUGUCGCUUGUGUCUAUGAUUCAGCCAGAUUGAUACAAGAAGUCUGGCUCAAUGGUGUGCUUAAUGGUUUACAUUCUGGAAGUCCUUAUCAAGGCUUAUGGGGUACAACAACUAUUGGUGCUACAUAUAGUACAGGUAACAUGGAUUCUUUCAAUGGCUACAUAGACCAAGUUCGAUUUGAAUCUAGAGCUAAAAAUAGUACAGAGCUCUGGAAUGAUGCUUCUCUCUAUGUCUAUUAUUCGUUCAAUGAUGGUUCUCUUCUUGAUAAUGGUCCUAAUGGUAUAAAUGGAACUGCUUCAGGCGUUCUAACAAGUAUAAUAGGUCGAAUCAAUAGAGCUAUUCAAUUUAGUUCGGGAUCCUAUAUAUAUUAUACAUAUGCUCCAUUUUACUUUUUGGGAAUUAAUAAUCAUGCUUUCAGUAUAUCUUUGUGGGCACAACCAACAGGAAGUUAUGCAGCAUCGACACUGGUGCUUGUGGAACGAUCGGCUAGUUGGUGUGUUCACUUUUUGGUAAUGAAUUCAGCUGGAUAUUUAAGUGCACAUUUGUGGAAUGGGAGCGAUGUAGGAACCAAUGGCCCCAUACUUCCAUUGAAUAGCUGGACACACAUUGGAUAUACGUAUAGUUUGAGUAAUGGUAUUCAAUUAUAUAUAAAUGGUGCUCUGUAUUCAACGACAGGUGGUUUUUCAUUUUCUGCUUCUGGUGUUCCUACGUAUAUGAUUUUGGGAAACGAUGAGGGUCUAGCCAGUUGCACUCCAGGUUUUGGAGGUCCAUUUACUGGAGCAUUCGAUGAAUUCUAUGUGCAUAAUUGUGAAUUAACGGCAUCGCAAGUUAGUGCAUUAGCGAAUCCAUAA